AAACAAUUUGCGUCUGUUCCGUGCAGCUGCGGCGUGGUGGUGGUGUGUGGAAUAUUUGUUUUCCUGGUGGAGGCCUCGGGACGCACUCACCUAGGCAAGGCCACUGUGCACGCUGCAGACAUCUGCGUUUCCAUUCAUUCAUCUCCAGGUGGAGACGCUGAGGUUCACACAGAAUGUUCACAUCUUACCAAGGACGGUUCUAUAUAUGGCCGAUUCAGAAACAUUUGUUUGUCAGGAGCAGCGUCGGGACCAUGUGAAAUCAAGGAAAAGAAUGAGCAUGGAAACAGCAGUUGCCCUUGAGAAGCUGUUCCCCAAACAGUGCCAAGUCCUUGGGAUUGUGACCCCAGGAAUUGUAGUGACUCCAAUGGGAUCAGGUAGCAAUCGACCUCAGGAAAUAGAAAUUGGAGAAUCUGGUUUUGCUCUGUUAUUUCCUCAAAUUGAAGGAAUAAAAAUACAGCCCUUUCAUUUUAUUAAGCAGCCAAAGAAGUUAACCUUAGAAAAACAUCAGCUUACUAAAGUGGGUCUUCUGGAUAACCCCGAGCUGCGCGUAGUCCUUGUGUUUGGCUAUAACUGCUGUAAGGUGGGAGCCAGCAGUUACCUGCAGCGUGUGGUCAGCACUUUCAGCAACAUGAAUAUCAUCUUGGCUGGAGGCCAGGUGGACAGUCUGUUGUCACUGACCUCUGAGAAGACCCCUCUAGAUAUCAAUGCCACUGGCGUGGUUGGAUUGUCCUUCAGUGGGCUCCGAAUCCAGAGUGCCACAGUGCUCCUUAACGAGGACGUCAAUGAUGAGAAGACCGCGGAGGCGGCCAUGCAACGCCUCAAGGCAGCCAACAUCCCAGAGCAGGACACCAUCGGCUUCAUGUUUGCCUGUGUUGGCCGGGGAUUUCACUACUACCGAGCCAAGGCCAAUGUUGAGGCUGAUGCAUUUAGAAAGUUUUUUCCUAGUGUGCCUUUAUUCGGCUUCUUUGGAAAUGGAGAAAUUGGAUGUGACCGGAUAGUCACAGGGAACUUUAUACUGAGGAAGUGUAACGAGGUAAAGGAUGAGGAUCUGUUCCACAGCUAUACAACAAUAAUGGCCCUCAUUCACCUGGGGUCAUCUAAAUAAAGCAGCUUGCACAGCAUAUAACUUCAGGUUCUGGCUUUUCCAGAAAAUGGAACCUUGGGAUAUGUGUAUUUGAAACAAAAAUAACUUCAGCUAGAUCUUUUUUCCAGCUUUGAAUGACACACUGAGAUCACACUGAGGUAAUUUUUAACAUAAAAAUGUACACACCAUAACACCAAGAAUCCUGCCUCAGGGACAGGCAGAUCUUUGUGGUUAUGUUGCACAAGAUUAUGUAGCUCAUGUAAAGUGACUUUAAAUGGUGGCAGCUGGAGAAGUAGACUUUCUACAUCUACCUCUUCAUAGUUGUAGGUGAUCUGUUAGCAAAAUUAUGAAGAUCCCCUCCCCCCUUUUGUAAAGGAGGAAAAGCCACAGAUGGCUGAAAGAUUUUUCUCUGCUGUAUUUGUUUCACCAGGUUUUUUCAGAAGUUUUAACGAUAUUACUGACAUUUGAUAAAAAUUAAAAAUAUUUUUUUUUGGUACUCAGAUAAACUGCCAAGACUAAUUUUAGUAGUAAAGUAUUUUCAUUUUUUCUCAUUAAUUACCAUAGAAAAGUUUUUUUUUUCCUAUAGCUUUAUAUAACUAAUUGGAAGACCAAAAAUUUAUAUUACCUUAUUUUGGCUUAUACCAAAGAAACAUACAUGGCAUUUUGCAUCUCAUUACUUUGGGUAAGUAUAUGAAGGAUGUGAACUCAAUCUGUAGAUGAAACCUGGAAUGGUAGGUAGCUGUCAGCUAUGCAAUCCUGUCAUACCCCUGGUAAAAUGAUUUCCAAGUUUGAAUUUGUUUGCACAAAUAUUUAGAUGAGAGGUGUGCAGAGAGUAUGUUUUCCUCAGUCCGCAGUAUCCACUCUUAACAUUUUCACAUGGUAAUGGAAUUUCGGAUUUUUAGGCAAACAUCGCCCAGAGCAUUUCUCUGCCCCUUACACAUAGUGUGAUUAUUUUUUGCCUGCUCUCCAUCUUGUUGCUUGGU